AUGCUCAGUGUCAAUGAGCAAGAUGAUAAAAAGUCAACUCGUCCGCCUUUGCGUUGCGAAAUGACUGCCCUGGUUUUGCACUACGCCCAUUUAGUUGUGGCAGCAUGGAUAUUUGUCUACUGCCACGCAAUUUCAGACCAUGUCACUGGGAACGAUUCUGCCUUCAAUAUGAGAUACAACUGUUUGAUGGCUUACGGAGCUCCUGCAGUAUUCGUUCUGUUCGCAUAUGCUGUGACACCAGACAGUUACGAAUCAAAGAACUACUGUUGGAUGUCCGCUCAGAAAGGAAUGUUUUUGAACUACAUGCUUCCUGUAACUUCGUUGAUUAUAGUAAACACUGUUUUUGCAACAUUUGCUUUAAAAUCUGUGAACCAAAAAAUUCAAAAUGCCUUAACUGUCAGUAUAGAAAGCAUUCUGGAUCCUGCCAAUGUACCAAAGAUUAUAACUUCAGAACUGAAUUUGGAUGAGGAGUUAUUAUUCGAAGCCUCUGAAUGGAGAAGUGAUUUCAAAAAUAAAAAUUUAAUGAAAAGUAAUUUAAAUAAACCACUGGAUAUCCUAGAUAGCGAUCAAUAUCAAAAAACCUUAGACAGUUUAGAGAAAACCAAAACUACAGAUCAGAAAAACCUGAACAUAUACGUAGACAUAGAAAAUGCUAAAUAUUCUGCCGAUAACCCAAACAUUUUUUAUGAAAUUGGUACAAGUAAAGAUUAUGAAUACCAAACAGUUGUAGAACAUCCUAAAGAUACGGAAAAGGUUCCGUACUAUGACUGCUGUGACCACCACCACCGUUCAAAUAAUGAUAGACUUGGUGAUUUAGCAAGUGUUUCCUUAGGCGAUUUUUCGCUGCAAAGUAGCGAUUUUCCAGAACUUAGUGACUUUAGAAAAUGUCUAAGAUUUGCAAUAUUUUUGCAACCUGCUUAUGAUGUUUGCUGGUUUCUGGGUGUGGUAGCUGUAGAGAAUGCUACCAGCUCCAAUGUUAUGCCUGUGGUCUUCAUUGUAUGCUUCAAUAUUUUGAGCUGGGUAAUAUUCGCGCGUUCUGCAUCGCUAUGCCCCUUAAUCAACCGCAAUUCAUCUACUGAAUCAGGCAACUCGGAAACAUCUUCUACUCAUAAUUACCACAAUUGUUAUGAUACAAUAAAUUCCAGAGGUGGUUCAUCCUCCAAGCAGAGAAGCUGUUCCAUGUCAGAUGAUAUCCCAUUAUUACUCAAUGCUUCUAGUCCGUACAGUUCAGCAUACCGAGCAGGAAAUGCAGACAAUGAAUUGGCAACCACAGAAUUGGCUUCUUGUUCUAGAUCCAUGACUGGUGCAGACGUCAUAUGCACCAUAACAAAUUAG